AUGACCUUCUCGAGGAAAGUGGCUUUGGCACUGCCCAGCCAUUGUAUAAUCCUAUUCGAUUCUAUCACGAACUCGUGGUACGGCGCCAUCGCAACACACAAGAUGUUAUCCGAGGCCAUCCACGACCUUCUCGAGGAAAGUGGCUUUGGCACUGCCCAGCCAUUGUAUAAUCCUAUUCGAUUCUAUCACAAACUCGUGGUACGGGCGCCGUCACAACAAACAAGGCAAGAGGAUUCGCAUCAGGACGAGUGGCAAGUCGUACUAGUAGUACCAGUGGCUAUCAAAGAAUCUAGAUUCUACAAACCGGUGUCCGAGUAUCAAUCAUCACUUCGAGCCGGUCACCUGCUUGCACAUGAUAAAGAGUGGCGCGUCGGACAUAUUGACUCCAACGUUAACGAUUUUAGCAAUAGUUACUUACACAGGAAGAAAGUAGGGUGA